UCAUCGCUGGAGAUCGUCAUCAUGGCCUCUGCAGUGCUGCUCCUUGUUCAGCUGCUGCUGCUCACCUCCCUGGUGUCGGCGGCUCAUCACUGGGGAGGAACCAUGAACUACGCCUACAAAGGCCGGAACCCUGACGGGUCCUUAACGAUUUCUCUCCGAGGCAAAGAUACUUACAAUACUUGUGGAUACUACCACUACUGGAACUGUCAUACUGGCAACUGUGGGUCUGCAACCAGCAGAAAGAUCAUUAACAUCGACUCCAGCACCAACACACCAUCCUACGAAUCCCAGUGGUGUGAAACUGAAAACGCUGAAACAUGGAGAGUCCCCAGUGACAAACCAUUUCUGCUCAGGGCGUCUAGCUGCUGCUGGAUCACGACACGUAACUCAGUGAGUAACUGGAGGUUGGAGUCCCUUGUGGAUUUGGGAACAAGAUCAGACACAGGACAACCAAACAGAUCUCCAGAUAUUGCUGUUCUUCCCUUCAUCAGAAUUCCUCAGAACUGCCCAAGAGCGUACAAGCUGGCUGCCUUCGAUGCUGAUGGUGACAGAGUCGUGUGCAGAUACGGGAAUCUCCCUGGAAUAGAGUGUGACAGAUGUUCUCUCCCCUCAGGCUUCCAUCUAGAUCCGGAUUCUUGCACGUUGCGCUACCAGUACACCACUGCCAACACCUACAUAUUUGGGCUUGAGUUGGUGGUAGAAGACCACCCCCGAAACACCGUUGAUCUGUUCUACUCUGACGGCUCGAGGACUCGCAAGUACCCUCUGUCUGCAAAUCCAACAAGUCCAACAAGUCCACCUACGAGUGCAGUCUCGACCACUCCCUGGUGGGGCUGGUGGCCGACUACCACGACCACGACCGCAGCGACCAGCCCUUGGUGGCGGAUGACCCACCGUCCUGGAUACCUCACCUCUGGCUCUCCCCUCAGCAAAUUACCACUGCAGUUUGCGUUUCUUGUGGACCCGGCGGUCCCAUCAUGCCAGGAGGGACUUUACCUGCCUCAGCUUGUGGCUCCAACACCUGCAGAGGGAGAACGCAUCAUGGCAGAGGUCAACAAAGAGGUGGAGAUCAGAGUCAGAGCUCAGGCCACACGAUCAGCCAUCCAAAGUCUUGUUGUUAGUGGACCAGCGAACAUCACCAAACACAAAGACACGAAUAACGAGUUUGUUUUGAGGUGGACUCCCGUCCUGGAUGACCUGGGGGAAAAUGACCCAAUCUGCUUUGCUGUGGAGUCAGUGAGCGGGUCCUCCGUCUAUCAGUCUCAGACGAGAUGUGUUCUGGUGGAAAUCAGGAAGGAGCAAAUUGAAGCCACAGUGACCUGCAGCGAAUCCACAAUGAAGGUUGAGGUUGACAAAGCUUCCUUCUUUGGACUCCAGGAGGAUCAUCUUCGCCUCAGUGACCCCAGCAACACCAUCUGCAGCCUCCGCAGACACUCCAACAGCACUCACAUCGUCGCCAUCAUCCCCCUCAACGGAUGUGGGACUCAGAUCGAGGAAGACGAUGACUACCUCAUUUUCAAGAACGAGAUCACCACUAAGGAAGACGACCCGAACGAGCUGAUCACCAGGAAGCACCUGGUGGAGGCCCGGUUCUACUGCCAGUACCCCAAACGGGGGAAUGUGACCCUGAGCUUCUCAGCACACAGAAAGAACGUCACGGUGUGGGAGAAAGGCUUCGGCAGGUUCACCUACCAGUUUGAGUUCUACCAGAAUGACCAGUUUGAAGCCAAGUAUGACCCAAACUCUUACCCCCUGGAGUACGACGUUGGAGACAGGAUCUACAUGCAGCUGGACGCCAGCUCCUCCGUCAACAACACCGAGAUGUUUGUGGAGUCCUGCAGAGCUGCACCGUAUGACAACCCCAACUACCAUCCAACCUACUCCAUCAUUGAGAACGGGUGUGGGGUUGACCCGACUGUGCAGACAUAUACACCUUCCAACGACAGACAGUUCCAGUUCAGCGUGGAGGCCUUCAGAUUUAUCGGCCUGCAUGAUCAGGUGUACAUCAGCUGCACAGUCAUGAUGUGUGAAGCAGGAAACCCCAACACCAGGUGCUCAAGGGGAUGCAGCAACUCCACCGGGCACAACGUCCGCAGAAAGAGAGAGGCUGUGAUCGAGAGCGGAAAGCACUUCGUUUCCCAGGGUCCUUUGCGUCUGAAGCGUGAAGCGGACCCCAGAGGGGGCUCAGCUGUCAACCUGAACCUGAACAUGAUGUUUGUGGCUGGAUGUCUCCUUGCUGCUGUUGGGAUGAUCUGCGGCGUGAUCAUCUACAAAACCAAAACCUCCAGGGCCAAAUACCAACCUCUGCCUACACAUGAAAGCUAAAACCUCAACAUCUGCCAGGCUGCUUGGAUAAUCUGAACAUGGGAUUCUGGAUGUUUCUGAACUAUUCAUUAAAUCUUUUUCAUUUCUAA